AUGUUUUUCACUCCAGAAUUGCUUGCAAAGCGUGAUAGCGGAUUGGUUUACUUUGUUGCUGAACCAGCGGAGCCCCUUGCACUACGCCUGAGUAGUAACCUUCUGGUCGGUGUAGUGCGCGUUUAUAAGGUCAAGCACGACCUGUUUCUAUCCGAAGUAACAACGUGCUUUACUACUCUCAAGCGCACUAUACUAGAGAUGAAUGCUGCGGAGGCCAGUGUGGCAAUAAAUCUAACCUCUGGGAGUGUACGGUCUGAUGCGAUCACCCUCAACGUCCCGGAACCAGGCACUUCCAUGGGACUCGAAAUGGACUUUAGCUACUUUAUAUGGCAGGAUUUCAUGGAUGUUGGUUCAUCUGGAAGAGGCAAUGGGCGCCACUCCAGUCCCCUCGGGAUUACAUCCCAAGAUUUUACCGGCACUCAAACUCAGACGCAAGCGCACAACGAUCGUCCGCUCUACACGCUCGAGGAAUCGUACGAGUUCCUCACUUCCAAUGAACCCGCCGGAUUGGAUACCGCUGCCAUGGACUUGGAUGCGUUUGGAGAUAUCGUGCCUCUCGACGAUUCGGAGCUCACCAACCCCAGCUUUUAUACAAAGAAACCCAAGUCGAAGCCGAGGGUCUCCACCAACAAUCAAAAGAAUACUGACCCAAUGUAUGCUCGCGAGCCGAGUGUACCUUUUGAGCCGCUCAAUCUCGAUGACUGGGCAAUAGGAAUUUAUCCCUCGUCCUCUGGUGUGGCCUUCCAGGAAGUGGAGAGCCUAUCAUUUGAUGUGAAUUUUCCGGAUCCACCACAGGCGGGUAAUGUCGUCGAUGAACACAAGCAUAUUCCACCACCCGGUCCAAAGAGACCCAAGAAAAAGGCCGGAGUUAUUCAAGAUCGCCGUACAGAACUAACAGAUGAUGAGCUUAUCGCCAGUCGUAACAAUUACCUCAAAGAACAAGGAAAGCUACGGAUCGAAGUAGAGUUGCGUCGCCAGGAGCGAGAUGCGGUUCGUGUGGUUGAUGUGUGGAUGGAAGGAGUACCGUACGGCUUCGAUUGUCCAGCCCUUGAAGAUUGGCUCAAACAAUCAUUUAAAUCCCUCACCUACGAUAAAUCAAAUAAGAGGAAGCGUGAUGAAAACGAAGGUUUUGCGGCCCCAUCUCUUCCCAAGCGCAGAAGAGAAGAGACACCCAGCCAGGCUCCCGAGAUCGGAAGAAAUGCUGGAACACCAAUGAUGAAUUUUGGUGGCGAGUAUGGUUGGGGGAUAGGAGGCAUCGGCUCAGAGUUCCCUCGCAGCUCAUCGGUUGAACGGGGAAUGAAUCCAUCUCGACAUGUAUCUCAAACUCCAGAAGACAUCAAUAUAUCCCAACGCAGUGGACUUUUGCCAUGGGACAAUGUGGGCAUUUCUUCGUCUACGAACGGGGGCGCUGGUCCCCUGAAUCCGCUUGAGGGGGAUGAACAUAUCACAGUUAGAUUAAAGAGUUUUAGUCAUAGUGGGCGAGGAAGCUCCGUGACUCUAUCUAGGCUGUCCGCUUCUCCAGGAAAAUUUGGGCCGGGGUUAGAUGCAUUAGGCUCUGAUGCGUUCGAGAUGAAUGACGUUGUUGGUGGGCAACCAAUUCAAACCGAAGUAACCCUCGAAAAAAAUUCGUUCAAAUUCCUCGAAUACGCGCGCAUGCAAACACGAGCGCUAUCGGAUUCAUCAGGAGGGGUCAUGUUCAGUAGUAUUGCGCCACAGGAGUCGAGCACGGCUCAUGUAGCAGCCUCGGCCUUUUAUCACACGUUAGCGCUUGCUACAAAGUCGGCAAUACGUGUCAAGCAGGCAUGGCCGUUUGGAGAUCUCGUAAUAUAUACUUUGUAG